CUUAGUUUAUGCAAAGGAUGGUGAUGGUGAGACACUCUUGCAUUUGGCUGUUAGAUCCAAUCAACUUAAGAUUGUAGAUUACUUGGUGGAAAGUAGAAAAAUAAAGAGACUAGCAACGAAUUCCAGUGGCGAAACAGCAUUGGAUAUCUUGCGUGAGAGCUUUCACGAAACAGAUACAUAUAAAGAAAUGAGAAGAAUCUUGCAACGUUUCGAUUCUCUGGCAAUGGUCAAACAGUUCCCCAAGUUGACCGAAAUGGCAAUGGUGGUGGUGAUUCUAAUAGCCACGAUGGCGUUCCAGGCGGCGGUCAACCCCCCGGGGGGUGUGUGGCAGGAAGACAAGCCAUCACCCGACAUUUACACGCCAUCACACAAAGCGGGCAGAGCAGUGAUGGCAACUAAUAGUCCUGGACUAUAUAUAUCCUUCCUUGUUGCUACCAACACGGCUUUCAUUUCAUCGAUGAUCACAAUCGUCCUCAUCAGCACCGGAGCGCCACAGGUAGAUUUUGUCUUGCUGGCAAUCACGACCUAUUCGAUGUGGGUGUCGAUUGUGUCUAUUGGAGUGAGCUAUGGGGUUUCUUUACUCAUGACCAAUCCUAUGGAAACAAAAUCAAUUUCCGAAAUAGCUACCAUAGUAGUAGGUGUGUUCGUCGGCAUCAAUAUAUUGUUGGUCAUCUACUUCCCCAUACGCACCAAGGUUUUGGGGGGGCUUAAACAAACAGAGACACAAAUACAGAGUUUGCUGCAAGUUCUUGCAAAUGCUGACGACAGUUUUCCCAAACGUGCUACUGUUUCUUUGUGUUUAACUAUACAAAGAUGGGUUGGAGUUCUUACCACCGGUAAUUGAAGAUAUACCCAAUGCUUCAAUGUAAUAGAGAGUCGAGCGUAAUUAUAAGCUCCAUUUCGGGUUUUCUUUGUUGGUUCUUUCCCGGAAUGCAAAAUAGAGUCGAACCAAUCCUAGGAUUAAGUCUUAAAGACCUUGUAUUCAUAAACAACUUGAGAAAUCACAAGACUCCUCUAUUGUUUUCGUCUA